AUGGCUGCCACUAUGACUACAACGACCUCCCCAAACCUUACGGUAUUGCCUCCUCUCGUCACUGACACCCUGGCCAAACGGCCAGGUCGCCAGCGAUCGUCCUCCUAUGCCAAGGAUCGCCUUUCUACACUGUCCAAUAUUUCCCUAGCUUCGCAGAACCGGUCGCGCCCCGGGUCACAUGUUUUCCCCAUCUUCCAUUCGAGCUUGCCCUAUGCUUUGGUGAGGGAUUUCGCAUAUCCUCCUACACAUCCGCUUCAUUAUGGCCCACUGCCACCUACUGUAUCCGGGUUAUCGAGUCCGGUAAGCGACCAACGGCGGCUAUCUGACCCCCCUGCUCCAUGGGAUAGUUCACGUGGCCAAUGGUCCGCGGGCCCUUGGAGCACUGAUCAUAGCUACGGGCACCAGCCUCUGCCUGCGAUGUCUUUCGGUGAUGGGCCACCAUAUAGCGAAGAUGAGGACUUACAUAGUCCUGUCUUCUCCGCACCACGCCAUCGGAAGAACAAAUCGACGGGCACAGACUUAAAUGGUCGAAGGAGCAGGAACUCGGGUGUGGGUAGCCAUCCUGGUCAUAUAAGCUUUGCCCGUGAUAAUGAGAGGGGGCUGCUUGUUGGAAUGAAUGCAGAUGGCAGUGAAACAUAUUAUGUGGACGAUGAAGAUGAUAUGGAUGAUGGACCGGGAGGCGAUCUUGUCACGUAUCCUGUGAAUGAAAGCCGAUACUCCCACACUGGCACGUAUAAUGAUCGUCAGGAAUAUGACCCAGAUCGCGGCUUCGAGUCAGAAGAAGAUUAUUCUGGAUCUCAUCGCUACUCGCGCGAUUUCCAAUUCGCCGUGGGAUGUCCCGACGAGGAGAUGCACGGGAAGGCGGUUGCACUUUUUGAUUUCACACGGGAGCAUGAAAAUGAGCUGCCUCUGACCGAGGGCCAGGUGAUUUUUGUCUCCUAUCGGCACGGUCAAGGGUGGUUGGUGGCGGAGGAUCCUCGAACGGGAGAGAGUGGACUGGUGCCGGAGGAAUUCGUGCGACUGGUUCGUGAUAUCGAGGGAGGGCUAACCUCGCUGAACGGCGAGUCUGAAGCCGAGUACGAUGAGGAGAACACAUAUCCCGACCCCGAGAGGAGAAAGAAAGCCCGGAGUGGAGAAGACCAGCCUGCCCAUGAAUGGGCGUGGACUUGA